UUUAGCGCCGCAUUUAUUCUUGGCGGUAACCGACUGCCGACGGCCGUGAAGAGCAUGGACGAGACGGGCCAAGAGGACCAGAAGGUCUUUGGGCGGUCCAACUCGGUGACCAAGGCCGCAUCGCUCCUCGCAGGCGGCGCGUCAAUGGCCAAGUCCAACAAGGAGGCGCGCGCGCUCGAGGCGCUGGCGAUGAAGGACGAGCAGCUGCGGAUCCUAAGCGAGCAAAACAACCAGCUCCUCAACACGCUCAACAACAUGGACGACGAGCUUCAAUCGCUCAAGAUGACCAAGCUGCAGCUCGAGGACGACAACCGGAGUCUUCGGGACAGCAACUUUGAGCUUCAGAGCCGCGCGCGGGCUGCGGACGCGCACCUAAAGAAAGCUGAGAACAGCAUGGAAGAGAAGGAAAAGCAGAUCAAGGUGCUCACGGACCACAACGGCGAGCUCCUCCGGCUGCUCGAGAUUGAAGAGAGCCAAUCGGGCGCUCUCGCCAAAGAGAACGCGUCGAUCAAGCUCGAUGCCGAUGCGCUCGCUAGCAAGUACGCGUCGCUCCUGACGACGGCCAAGACGCACGAAGAGAUUGCGGGCCGCGCCGUGCGUGACAGCCAGCUCCGCGCCGAAGAAGUUCGUCUCCUCCGCAUCGACACGGACCAGCUGCGAACGUCCAACAACGAGCUCAAGAUGAAGGCCCAAGUCGAGCUCGAGUCGCUCCACGAGCAACUCCGCGUACUUGGUCUUGCCUGCGUGCAUGAUGGAAAGUGGUGCGUGUGUAGGUUCGAAAGGAAAAGCAAUAUCAGCUAUUGGAGAAGAUUCAGUCGCUCGACGAAGCCAAGCGUCAAAGCGAUGAUACGCUCCACGGCAUGGAAGAGCGCGUGCGGCAGCUGCUGGAGCAAGGCCAGGAGCGCGAGACGCAGCUGCAGCUCGAGAGCAAGGUCAAGCGCAGUCAAAUGGACGCCAACAAACACCUCCAAGUCGAGAACGACCAGUUGGUGGCCGACAAGCAUACGCUUCAAGCACGCUUGGAGAAGGCGGAGCAAGAACGUACGCGCAUGGAGGCUGAGAACCGUGACUCGGCCGACCAGCUGCGGGAAAUGGCAGAAAAGGUGUUUCAACUGCUCGAGCGACUCAAGCUCGCCGAGCUUGGUAAAACCAAGUCGCUCGAAGCGCUCAAGCAAAAGGAGAUGGAAAUGGUGUCGCUCAAGAAGAAGAACGCGCGCUUGCUCAAAGACGUGACGCAAGAAGGCAAAAGUCGCGUGAAAAUAGAGCUCGACAAGAAUGUGCUCUUGGAACAGCUCCAGGCGCUGAAAAAACACAACGCGCAACUCAGCAUUCGUUGCCGCGACGAAGUGAAAGCGAAACUCAAAGAGACCGAAGAGCGAACGCUAUUGGCCGAGAAGCUCAAAACGAUGAGCUCGCGAUUGAGCUUUCUCCUCAACAAGAUGCAAGCCGACGAAGAGGCCAAGCUCUGUACGAAAGAAGACAUGAAGAAAAUGCAGGCACAGAUCCAGAGUCUCCAAGACAAGAACACGGAGCUCGCGCAAAAGCUCAACACGACCGGUGACAGCAACCGUGUCGUCACCGAAGCGCUGCGCUGCAAACAGGAAGAGCUGGAUACAGCGCUCAUCAAGCUCGACGCGCUCACCACAAAGCUGCUUAACCAGACGCUGCCAAGCGCCGAUAUAGCGAUUGUCGACUCGGGCCAAAGCAGCAACCAAGCCCACGACAUGCCAGCGGACGACAAGGAGCACGAAGCCGCGGGCCGGUUUUUCGUCGAGUGUCGGUCCUCCCACGGCGGCCUCCUCGUCAUCAAGCCCAAGCGCAGCAACAAUGGGUGUCAAGAGUACCUCGACAAGCUCGGCAUCAACCAUUUCCUCAAGUGGGCACAAAAGCAAACCAACACCAAGCAGCGCCUCGUCGAGAAACUCGCCGUCCUCGUGCAUCAACUCAUGAUGAGCGAAGAAGCGACGCUUAGUGUCCGAGAGAUGCUUGCGUCCAAGCAAGACCAUUUGGACCACGUCGGCAAGAAGGCCCAGUGGCUCCAAGAACGGUUGAACGCUGAAGAAGACGCCAAGCGGAAAACGCUCCUUCGGUACGUGCACGAGAUCAAGUCGCGUACGCCGGUGGAGAGCACCCGCGUCGUUUUGAAGCUGCCAGAAAGCGGCGUCGGCGACGAAGAAGUGCACGCAAUUGCGGCUCUCUUGCGCAACAACAGCUCGAUCCAAGAGCUCCAGCUGCAGUCGAAUACCAUCACAAGCGAAGGGGCCCGCGCGAUAGCAGCUAUCUUGGCGCUCUCGACCUGCGCGCUGAGUCAUAUUGACUUACGCAAAAACCGCAUUGGCGACGACGGGGUCCGCGUGCUCUCGGAAGCCCUCGGGCGCAACCCUCGUAUCAAGCACGUCUACGUCCACGCAGGCGGCAAGAUUGAAGCGCUUGGUGCCCAGCCGUCGAAUGCGAACGCCGACGGUCUCAUCCAAGUCGAGACCAUUUGCGUCAUUGACGUACGAGAGAACGAAGCCGGGCGGUCGUCAUUGGCGCUGGACCUUGACACGAUCGACCAUGUGGCGGUGGCACCGCUGCCAUCGUCGGUGACGGGCGACACCAAGCUCUUUGCCAAGCGCACGAGUACGACGUUGGAAGUGGCGAACGCAGCGGCGCUCGAGAAGAAGCGCGAGUGGGCCAAACUGCAAAAAUCCAAGCGCCUCGCCGCGAUCGAAAUGGAAAAAGCAAAGCAAAAGGAGCAGCUCUGGAGCGGGCGCGCCGGCGGCCUCCAAGUUGCCCACCCCAAAAAACAGCUACCACCACUCGACGAUGCGUCGACCAAGACUCUGGAACGGUCUUUGUCGGCGCCGUCCGUCAACGACAAGAAGGCCGGUGACGAAGCUGCAGACGGAGCUAACAAGAAGCAUAUUCAAGCGACACCGUUCAGUCGACGGCUAAAGGAGUCGCCACUCGCCAAGCCCACUUAAGCCAUAGUGCGGAAUAGGCAGCACCUACUAGGCUCGAUAGGACUCAUCACAGCCACACGAUAAACACCGACUUGUGGACUUCUGAAAAUAUGGUGGAUAAACUUUUGACUGCCCAA